GGCGUGUUUGGUGAGAAGCCCGCGUUGCCUGAAUACAAAGUGGCUGCUGCUCGCAAGUCGCCAUUCAUCCUGCUGCAUUACGGUACCUUCAAGGCUGGCUGGGACGGACUGAUUCUCCUGGCCACGUUGUACGUGGCUGUCACAGUGCCCUACAGUGUCUGCUUCAAUGGCACCAAGGAUGAAAGGCUUCCAGAGACGUCUCGUGCGCCCCCCAGUGUCUGUGAUCUCUCUGUUGAAAUCCUUUUUAUCUUAGACAUUGUGUUGAAUUUUCGCACCACAUUUGUCAGCAAAUCGGGGCAGGUGGUCUUCGAUCCUCAUGCUAUAUUCCUACACUACCUGACCCGCUGGUUCGUGCUGGACCUCUUAGCAGCAUUACCCUUCGACCUUCUCUAUGCCUUCAAGGUCAAUGUGUACUUUGGGGCACACCUGCUGAAGACGGUGAGGCUGUUGCGGUUACUACGGCUGCUGCCCAACCUGGAUCGGUACUCCCAGUACAGCGCCGUGGUGCUUACCCUGCUCAUGACUGUCUUUGCCCUUCUGGCUCACUGGGUCGCCUGCGUCUGGUACUUCAUUGGCCAGCGGGAAGUGGAGAGCAGCCCCUCCCAGUUGCCCGGGAUAGGUUGGCUGCAGGAGCUGGCUCGACGCCUGGAGACUCCCUAUUACCUGGCUCAGAGGAACAGCAGUGGUGAAGAAGAACCUACCAACCAGACUUCCUCCCUGAACGGCACAACUUGGGAACUCUUAGGGGGACCCUCCUUGCGCAGUGCUUAUAUUACCUCCCUAUACUUUGCCCUCAGCAGCCUGACCAGCGUGGGCUUUGGCAACGUAUCGGCAAAUACUGACUCAGAGAAGAUUUUCUCCAUCUGCACCAUGCUGGUGGGGGGAGUCCUUAUACCAUCCCGGACAAAAGCAGCCUCCCUGCUCUCCCAAGGAAAGGGAAACUUUCUAACCCCGCUGCUGUGUCUUCCUUUUCGGCAGUUGCUGCAUAGCCUCCCGGAUGAGCUGCGUGCCGAUAUCGCCCUGCAUCUUCACAAGGAACUGCUCCAGCUGCCCAUCUUUGAGGGGGCAAGCCGUGGCUGCCGGCGUUCCCUUUCGCUCACCGUCCGGACUUCUUUCUGCACGCCGGGGGAAUACCUGAUCCGGCAGGGAGAUGCGCUCCAGGCUCUGUAUCUCAUCUGCUCAGGCUCAAUGGAGGUGCUGAAAGAUGGCACCGUGCUUGCCAUCCUAGGGAAGGGAGACUUGAUUGGUUGCCACAUCUCAUCCAAGGAACCGGGGGUCCAGGCCAAUGCAGACGUGCGGGGCCUCACCUACUGCGACCUGCAGUGCCUGAGCUUGCCUGGCCUGCUGGCUAGUCUGGAGCUCUACCCAGAAUUUGCCAGCAAAUUCCUCCGUGAACUUCCUUGUGAACUCAGCUACAACCUGGGUAGAGGCAGCGUCUUCCAGGUGAGCGGAGCAGGGCGGUCCUCAGGGGCCCACAGCCACCUGCCCUCACGGUCAGGAAUGCCACGCCACGUGGCCUCCGAAACAUCCUCACGCCCCACAGCAUUGCGGCUGCACAGCGUGCCCUGCAGCGGUCCCCCAGAUCUGAGCCCCAGAGUUGUAGAUGGAAUUGAGGAUGGGUCCAAUUCAGACAAACCUAUGUUCAAUUUCCGCCUUGGCCCAUCAGGACCAGAUUACAGCAGCCCUUCACCUGGUACAGAUAGCGGUCUGCUCACUAUCCCUCCCGAGUUAUCUGGUGCGGACACCAUUGAGAAACUGCGCCAAGCGGUGGCUGAGCUCUCCGGGCAAGUUCAGCAAAUGCGGGAAGGCCUGUACUCUCUGCGCCAGGCUGUCCAGCUCUUCCUUCUCUCCCAGACAUCGGCCCAACAGCGAGUUGAUCCUUCAGCCUGUGGGUCUUUCCCCCAUCCAGAUGCUCCGGCGACGCCCCUGCUGAGCCCCCUCCGGGUGGACACGGGACUCUCACCAGCUUUCUGCUCCCAUAGUGCACCGCCAGCCCCAUGCCCUAAUGGAGCCUGUGGCAAAGUUCAGUGGAUGUGGACCCCUCCAGCUGGGCAGAACUCACCCUGGCCUGGCACGUUUUGGACCCUGGGAUGCCAAGCAAGGGAUUCGGAGGCAGGAGUGCUUUCGCCCACUGGUAUUGGUCCCAAGGACCCAGGGAACAACACGCCGAUGCCAAAUCUGAGCCAAAGAGAGAGCUCUCUGCCCCAAGCUUGUUCCACUACAGAUCCAGCGUACCACAGGAGCUCUCCCGAAACCAAACCUUCUAGGACUCAAGACUGUGAUUCCUCUGGCCUUGAGAUGGUGCUGAUUGGUGCUGGGGAUGAUGGCUCUACCUGCAGUGGGCCCUGCUGGAUAGAGGAAGAAGGGACGGGGAUAUGA